AUGUUAAACACGUUAUCUUCCAUGAAAAUGUUUUACAAAGAAUUGUUCCUCCAAAUUCUGUUUAUUUUUUCCUUCAUUACUCUUGGUUCUCAAACUAAGAGUAACUAUAACUUUGUUGUGAAAGAAGCAAGUUACACAAGAUUGUGUUCCACAAAAAGCAUAUUGACUGUGAAUGGAAAAUUUCCAGGACCAACUCUUAAAGUCUACAAGGGUGAUACAAUCUAUGUUGAUGUUUAUAACAAAGGAAAACACAACAUAACUUUACAUUGGCAUGGAGUGAAGCAACCUAAGAAUCCAUGGUCAGAUGGUCCUGAGUACAUAACUCAGUGUCCAAUUCAACCAGGAAGGAGAUUCAGACAAAAAUUGAUAUUUUCAACAGAGGAAGGGACUUUAUGGUGGCAUGCUCAUAGUGAUUGGUCAAGAGCAACUGUCCAUGGUGCUAUCCAUAUCUAUCCUAGGAAAAAUUAUACCUACCCUUUUCCUGAACCAUAUGGACACAUACCUAUCAUAUUUGGUGAAUGGUGGAAGAGUGAUGUGAAUGAUGUUUAUAGAGAAUUUGUUGAAAGUGGAGGACCCCCAAACAUUUCUGAUGCUAUAACUAUAAAUGGUCAACCUGGAGAUUUGUAUCCAUGCUCCAAAUCGGAAACGUUUACGCUAAGUGUGGAGCAGGGAAGGACAUAUCUUCUACGUGUUGUUAAUGCCGCAAUGAAUCUCAUACUCUUUUUCUCUAUUUCUAAACACAACCUCACUGUUGUUGGUGCCGAUGCUAUGUACACAAGGCCAAUGACAAAAGAUUACAUUUUGCAUAUCACCAGGACAAUCAAUGGAUCUAGAGUACAAUACAGAGGGAGUUAUACUCAACCUUUAACUCCUCCAUUACCUUAUCUUCCGAACUUUACAGACACACAGGCAGCUUUUGACUUCUUCAGAAGCAUGAGAAGCUUACCUGAGAAAUGCCCCUUUAAAGUUCCAAAAGACAUCAGCCAACAUAUAUUAACCACGGUUUCUGUUAACACAUUUCCAUGUCUCAAUGGCCAAUCCUGUGGAGGUCCAAAUGGAAGCAGUUUAGCUGCUAGCAUGAGCAAUAUAAGCUUUCAAAAACCAACCUAUAACAUACUAGAAGCUUAUUACUAUCAUAUCAAGGGGGUAUUCAAAAAGGGAUUUCCCAAUUUUCCACCUCAUAUAUUUGAUUUCACUGGAGAUAAUUUGCCCCUGACCUUGAAUACACCAAGGCGAGUAACUAAAGUUAAAGUUUUUGAACAUAACACAACAGUGGAACUAGUUUUCCAAAACACAAAUUUGAUUACAGGGUUAGACCAUCCCAUGCAUCUCCAUGGAUUUAGUUUCCAUGUCGUUGGGUACGGGUUUGGCAAUUUCAACAAAAGUAAGGACCCGGUGAAUUACAAUCUGUAUGAUCCUCCACUUAUGAAUACUGUGAUGGUGCCUGUAAAUGGAUGGGCUGCAAUUAGGUUCAGGGCCACCAACCCAGGAGUAUGGUUCCUGCACUGUCAUCUAGAACGUCACCUCACUUGGGGCAUGAACACAGUGUUUAUUGUGAAGAACGGCAAAUCCUUAUAUGCAAAGUUACCGCCUCCACCGCAAGACAUGCCCCCAUGUUAG